AUGAGUCACAAAUCAGAGCAGUAUUGAGUUCUAUAGCAGCAAAGCAAUGCAAGCAUAAGCACUCGAUUCAACUAAUCUGGGGCCUACCAGGGACUGGAAAGACGAAAACAAUCAGUACAAUGCUACUGACACUUCUAGCAUUGAAAUGCAGAAUACUUGUAUGCACACUGACAAAUAUUGGUCUUAGAAGUGGCCUUGCGUCUCCUGAGGUUGUUGAGAGAGUCAUGUCCUACUGACCUAUACCCGUUGGGAGACAUAGUUUUAAUGGGAAAUAAGGACCGGAUGAACAUUACUGACGAUCUUGAAGGUAUUUUUCUGAAUAACCGCAUCGAUAGGCUUUCAGAUUGCUUUGCACUACUAUCAGGGUGGAGAUACAAGCUAGAGUCAAUGAUACGAUUUCUCGAAGAUUGUUUUCCUCAGUAUGAAAUCUAUUUGGAAAAUGAAAAGGCAAAGGAGGAUAAGAGGGGCGUCAAUGCCUUGACAUUUCGGGAAUUCGUCAAGAGCCGAUUCGGUGCCAUGGCAAAGUCAUUGAAGGAUCAUAUAAGAAGCCUUUGUACCCACCUACCAUCAUCUUCACUUUCGAAAAAUAACUAUAACAACAUGGUUUUAGCUUUCAAGUUGAUUGAAUCUUUUGAAAGCUUGUUACGUGUGAAUAAUGUCAGUGACAAGACACUCAAGAAACUAUUGAUGCAGUCUGAAGGAGUAAACAAUUUGUGCAAGGCCUGAAACGAGUGUCUUCAAGUUCUGAGAGAUCUUAAAAGAAAUUUUCAGAUUCUCCAAUUUCUCGAAAAAGACUUGAUUCGAAAAUUUUGCUUGAAAAGUUCUUCCCUUGUUUUUUGCACGGCUUCUAGUUCAUCUGCAUUACUUUUUUUAGAGAUUGAACAAUUUGAGCUGGUGGUUAUCAACGAAGCUGUUCAGUUGAAAGAAUGUGAGUCAUUGAUUCCAUUACAACUACCAGGUACACGGCAUGUUAUUCUUAUUGGUGACGAGUGCCAAUUGCCUGCACUUGUUAAAAGCAAGAUUUCUGAGAAAGCUGGAUUUGGAAGAAGCCUCUUUGAGAGGUUGAGUUCAGUGGGACAUGAGAAGCACCUUCUCAAUGUGCCGUACUGAAUGCAUCCUUCCAUAAGUACUUUCCCAAAUGCCAAUUUUUAUGGGAACCAGAUUUCCGAUGCUCCAUUCGUCAAGCAUAAAAGUCACGAAAGGCAGUACCUUCCACACCAUUUCUAUAGUUCAUAUUCAUUUAUUAAUAUUGACGAUGGAAGGGAGACGUUCAACGAAGGUCACAGUCAGAAGAAUAUGGUGGAGGUGGCUGUAGUUUUGCAAAUAUUGAGAAACCUUUAUGGAGCAUCCAUUGUUUUGGGACAGAGGGUUAGUGUUGGUGUCGUGUCACCCUACACAGCUCAAAUCGUUGCAAUUCAAGAGAAACUUGGAAAAACAUAUGAAACACAAGUGGACUUUGUUGUGAAUGUCAAGUCCAUCGACGGGUUUCAAGGUGGUGAAGAGGAUGUGAUCAUAAUGUCUACUGUCAGGUCAAACAGUAACGUGUCAGUCGGUUUCCUUUCCAAUAUUCAACGGACAAAUGUGGCUUUGACCAGGGCCAGGCACUGCCUUUGGAUUGUGGGGAAUGGGCAAACUUUAAUUAAAAGUGGUUCUAUCUGGAAGAAAAUAGUCCUUGAUGCAAAGCAUCGAGGAUGCUUCUUUAAUGCUAUGGAGGACGCGAGUUUGGCCAAAGAAAUCAUCUGUGCCAACAAACAUGGGGAGGACUUAUCAAGAUGUUUUCCUUCUCUUAAUCUAGGCAAUGAACAUGGCGGUUCAGCCCGACAGUUAAGAGAUUCUAAGAAAACUCAAGAGUCAAAAUCAAGUUCACCAAAAGAGACUGGUGAUUCUCGACCUAUGCAUACUAGCACUAGUAUCGAUUUCCGAAAGAGGAGUGAAGGAGAAGCUGUUGGGGGAAGUACUCGUGCAGACAAGCCCAAUGGAGGUAAUUUGCUUGUGCUCAAUAAAGAAGUUCAUGUGUGCUUGUGUUUAUUGAGAAAUAUUCAGUUUAAUCAACAAGAAAUAGCAAAAUGCAUGCAAAUGUAUCAUAGUAUUCAUUGA